AUUUCUGACUCCCGCCAUGCAGUCGUGAUCGAGACAAAAAUUGCAUUAGAGUCGCGCUAGAAAAUAGCUCUUACCAUAUUAUACGAGUACAUAUCAGAUAGAACGCAUUUAAUUAUUUACAGGAAUCAGUGAUAUAUAUGAUUGUGAAAAACUAGAUAAUCCCCUAGUAGUAAAAAGUCACGUACAAUUCAAUUAUAUUAUCAAUGGGAUUGAAAUUUCAUUUAUUCUUGCAAUGCUUCGUGACUUUCUCCUUGUUGUAUGUCCACGGGAACAGAACUAUUGGUGCAGUAUUUGAUGAUGGUGGCUUUUUGUUAGAAGCCGCUUUCACUUUGGCUGUCGCUACUGCAUCAGACGGACAAGAAAAUCCAUUUGUAGCAAAUGUCGUACGAACAUCUCCGGACGAUUUGUUAGAAGCAGAAGAAGCAAUGUGUUCUAUAUUGGAGACUAAUGUUUUUGGAAUAUUUGGACCAAAAUCUAAAAGUAAUAUAGGAAGUAUUCAAUCUAUUGCUGAUUACCUUGAUAUUCCACAUAUUACAAUUGAACCAAUGGAAACGCAAAAUCGCAACUGGUCGGUAGUCAAUUUAUAUCCCAAUCAUUUCGCUUACUCUCAGGUUUUCUUAGAUAUUAUUGAAAUGAAAGGUUGGACAGAAUUUACGGUAAUUUAUGAAGGUGCAGAACUGCUGUCAUUUUUGGAUAAUAUACUUACAAUGCAAGAUUUAGAUUCAGGAGAACAUAUUUUGAUGAGAGUUGUACAAUUACCAGAUGGAGAUGAUUAUCGAAUCCAAUUGAAAAAUGUAAAAGCAUCUGGUUCCGUUAAUUACAUAGUAUAUUGUCGUAAAGAGACUCUACCACAGUUCUUGGAGCAAGCUCAGCAGGUUGGAAUUAUGUCGGAUGACCAUAGUUAUAUCAUAAUGAAUCCCGACUUCCAAACAAUUGACAUUGAGCCUUACAAGCACGGAGGUUCCAACAUUACAGGAAUUAGAUUUUUUGAUCCUACUUUAGAAGAAAUUCAAAACUAUGUCGUAUCUUUAAAUGAGAAAGUUGAAGAGUUAUCUGAGGGACAGAUUACAAAUGCUAUCGCAGAUAAUGCAAUUACUCUUGAUCUAGUAUUACUUUAUGAUGCUGUAAUAUUAUAUACAACUGCACUUAAUGCCAUGGGAUUAGAAGAGCCUGCUAAUGUUACAUGUGAAUCAGUAGAUAGCUGGAGUUUAGGAUCAAGCAUUAUAAAUUAUAUAAAAGCCAUGGAAAUAAAUGGUUUAACAGGCGUUGUUAAGUUCGACGAAGAAGGCUUUCGUUCUGAUUUCGAAGUUGAUAUAAUAGAAGUACAGGCUCAUGGUCUUGAAAAGGUCGGUUCGUGGAAUGCAGAAGACGGAUAUGUCAACACAAGAAUAGUAAUACCACCAGCCGAAGCAGAGGGAUCUGAUUCAAUGAAAGGAAAACAUUUUAUUGUUCUCACUGCUCUGAGCGCACCUUAUGGAAUGUUGAAAGAAUCAUCAAAUAAAUUAGAAGGGAAUAAUCGGUACGAAGGCUUCGGUAUAGAACUGAUUGAGGAGCUAGCAAAAAUGAACGAGUUCAACUACACUUUUGAUAUACAAGCUGAUGGUGUGUAUGGUUCAUUAGAUUCUAAAACAAAAAAAUGGACAGGAAUGAUAGAGAAGAUAAUGGAUGGGAGAGCUGAUUUUGCAAUAACAGACCUUACAAUCACUUCAUCUAGACAAAAAGCUGUGGACUUUACUAGUCCCUUUAUGAACUUAGGUAUAACUAUAUUAUACAAGAAACCUACGAAGCAACCGCCGAACUUGUUCUCCUUCAUAUCACCUUUUUCUAUGGAGGUUUGGAAAUCGCUUGGUGGAACAUUUGUCGGUGUAUCAGUACUUUUAUUUAUAUUAGGCAGAAUAGCUCCCGAUGAAUGGCAAAACCCGUAUCCAUGUAUCGAAGAGCCAGAGACUUUGGACAAUCAGUUUACAUUGGCAAAUUCAUUUUGGUUCACACUAGGCAGUGUGCUUACUCAGGGAUCGGAGAUUGCUCCAAUAGCAGUAUCGACGCGCAUGGCUGGUAGUAUGUGGUGGUUUUUCACAUUAAUUAUGGUAUCUUCCUAUACAGCCAAUCUUGCUGCGUUCCUCACUGUAGAGUCGAAGUUUUAUGCCAUUAAAUCUGUAGCUGAUUUAUCUAAUAAUCCUUAUGAAAUUAAUUAUGGUGCUAAAAAAGGAGGAGCGACCUUUAGUUUCUUUAAGGAUUCAGAUAACAUAAUUUAUCAAAAAAUGUUUAAAUAUAUGGAUGAACAUCCGGAAUAUCAAACAGCGACUAAUGACGAAGGUCUUGAAAGGGUGAAGUCAGAGGACGAGAAUUAUGCGUUUCUGAUGGAGUCCACUUCAAUAGAGUACAUGGUGGAAAGGAACUGCGAUGUAGCGCAAGUAGGCGGACUAUUGGACAGCAAAGGCUAUGGUAUCGCAAUGAAAAAGAAUUCUCCAUAUCGGCAACCUAUGAGUGAGUCAAUACUGCAGUUACAGGAAGAAGGCAAAUUGACAAGAAUGAAAGAUAAGUGGUGGAGAGAGAAGAGAGGAGGCGGCGCGUGUACGGAUGACGAUGCAGGCAGCGGUGAAAGCCAACCAUUAGUUCUAGCUAACGUGGGAGGAGUGUUCAUUCUACUUGCUGUUGGCUCGGCACUGGCUUUAGUAUGUGCAAUCUUCGAGAUGGUUAUUGACGUCUGGCUUAUUUCCAGAAAGCACAAGGUACCUUUUAAAGAAGAGCUAAUAGCGGAGUUAAAAUUCAUACUGAGUUUUAGCGGUGAUGUCAAGCCGGUACGACAUCCAGAAAAAUCUAGUAGUUGCUCUGGGGGUUCCAAAAAAGAAGAAAAUGGAGAUGAUAUGGAAUCAAAUAAAGAAGCAGACGCAAAUCGAGACCGGGCGCCGACUCCGCGGUCAGAGAGGUCUACACAUUCACAUCACACUUUACACAGCAGAAGGCAAAGUAAUGCAGUGCAAAUGGCCAAAAUGCGAAAAUUUAGUAGAGUGUAAAUAUUAUUUUUUUUUAUUAAUUUUAUGAAUUAAGCAUAACAUCUUUAAGAUAAUAAUCUAUAAUUAUUAGAGGUAAGCAAUACAUAGUAAUAUAUAAAUACUAGGUGAUCCCGCGAAUUUCGUACUAACAGUUUAAAAUUAUUUUUCUGUAUAUAAUUUUUUUUAUUGAUUUAUAGAUUUUGAAAUGAAACAUACCUUAAUAAUAUAUAAUUUUAAAUACGUAAUAAAUUAUUAUACAUACCUUCACGUUUUUUUAAUGUUUUUAUUUUCAUUGCACUUUAUUUUUUAAAUAUCCUCCCCGAUCUAUUUGUUGUAACUAAUUCUCUCAUAACACGUGUCAGACAGUUAAUUAGUACAGCCCUGAGAAAUGCGGCUUGUCACCACCCAAUGUGUCUAGAGUGAAGAGGGUGUAACGAAGCCCCUUUGAUUGAGUACGCUGCGAACUGACUCUGGGGUCAUUCCUACACUGAAAUAGUUAUCCACGUAGAUAUAGAGUGAGAGGCCAAUUUUCUAUGAAAAUGAUAAAUUAAGUUCACAUAGGCAUCUAGU